CUGCAAACUCCAAUCUUUGUAAACAACUUAACUAAUUCCACCACCCAAUGUCAUCUUUAUAACAUUGCCAUGAUCAGUACAAAAAAUCGUCGUUUAUGAGUCAAGAAAUAUUAUUUACUACUUUAUUGGUGACAUUCGCUCGUCGUGUUACUCCUCCACGGAUCAUCAUCCUAUACACCGAAGUGGCGUACGUGCCUAUCGCGUAGUGGAAGCCUUCGAGGAACCGCGCCAGCAAAUCUCGACUUCCUAUUACCCAAAGUCCACGGUUAUCACCAACCGUCCCCGAUCGCUUCCGUAUCGAGCGGAAACAUCGGGUAGAUCCACGGGUGGGGUUUCUUUGGGUGCGUAUAAAGUCGGUAAGAACCGGCCGAUUUUCGUCAGUGGAAUCGAUUCGAACAGCAGCGAGGAUCCUUCCAAAUGUUCUUUUCUUCGAAGAAAUUCACCAUGAAACGUUGCUCCAUCGUUUGUUCUUUCACAUUUAUUUUAUUGACUUCUGCAUCAGCUUGGCCGUUUCGGCGUCGAGACGUGCUGGAUAAUGCAGUGGAUAGUCCUGAUGGAGUGAUUGCUCAUCUACAACAUUUUGGCGAGAUGCUGUAUCGCAAUCCGGACAAUGAAACUGGAGCAAUGGUAGCGAAUUGGCACGAGGGCUGGGAUCGCAACCCGGAAGAAUUGGGCAACUACGCGGAAGGUGAUAUUUUGUUUCCGCCACAACUCGAGAAGAAUGGCUUGAGAGCGGAAGCUGCGCGAUGGCCUGGUGGUGUAGUACCCUAUAUGCUUAGUCCUUAUUUCAAUUCGGCGCAGAGAAACUUGAUUUACGAAGCUAUGAACGAUUACCAUAAGUUCACGUGCAUUAAGUUCAAACCCUAUACUGGGGAGGAGAACGAUUACAUCAGGAUCACGGCUGGUAAUAGCGGUUGUUGGAGCAGCGUGGGAAGAAUCGGUGGUCGACAAGACGUGAAUCUUCAGGUCCCAGGCUGUAUGGUGAAGAAAGGAACAGUGAUACACGAACUGAUGCACGCCAUCGGAUUUCUGCACGAGCAAAGCAGAUAUGAACGGGAUGAGUACGUCACGAUUCAGUGGAAUAACAUUUUAAGCAGCCAUGCUGGGAAUUUUGAGAAAGCCUCGAAGGAAACCACCGACGCGUUCGGGGUCGGAUACGAUUAUGGUAGCGUAAUGCAUUACUCUGCAAACGCGUUUUCCAGGAAUGGACGUCCCACCAUAGUACCAAAAGGCGCGACGAAGGUCCAACUGGGUCAAAGAGAAGGAUUCAGCAAGAGGGACAUACAGAAGAUCCGAAAAAUGUACAAGUGCAACAAACGCAGACGAAGCAGCUAUUGAUUGCCGGAAACGUGAUCGACCAGAACUUGAAGGUUUUUUACGGACUUUCAUUGGAACGUAGCAAAGAGAAUCGUGAAUCUAGUCCUUUACAAUUAAAUUACACUGCGUUACUUUUAAACGACGUCCAACUUUGGUUCGAUCAAGAUUUAUAAAAACGAAUGGCACUUUGAAGUGGAAAUGCUAAAUCGAUAUCGACGACGAAGCGGAACUUGCAUUCGGAACAGUCUUUUUUAUCCAUAUGUGUGUGUAUGCGUGUGUAUGUGUAUAAGUAAAUAUUUGUAUUUAUAAGCAACAGUAUUUAAGCGAAUGUUGC